GAAAGUCCAAAGGAGCAGGCAGCUGGAACGCUUCUUCCUCAUUGUUGUACCCGGAACGUUUUCCGUGUUGUACCUUUAGUUUACGCUGAUUGGCUGGUUUUUGUUCAGACGGCGCCGUGACUGGAGAUUUAAAAAAAACUCUGAUUUGCGGUUAAACUGCUUAAAAACGACGUAUUUGCUGUUUAUUGAAAAGCCAUCUUUUUAAAUACAUUUACGAUUAAUGAAAAUGCUUUAUUUGACUGUCCCAAUUGAGUAUCCUUUCUGAGAUUGAUUAGCCUGAUCAGCUAGCUUAAAGGUGAGCUAAUGUUUGGUAACCACCAGCUGCAUCUGACGCUUAGAGCAAAACCAUAAGCCCUUUGUAAAGUUGACACGGAGUCGACUACUACACUAAAAAAACACACACAAAUAACAUGGAAGCUGAAUUACACUUUUUGCGGGACCAAGUCCAGAGGUUAAAUUCUGUCCUGAGCCAAUAUCAACAUGGACAUAACCCUCAAGUCUUAUCACAGGUUGAAGUGGAACCACAAGCACAACCCGCAACCCCUUGGAUUACUGACAGAAGUAUAAUGGCUCCCUUGAUUGAUGAAUAUGAUCGUCACAUAAAGGAAAUGAUGGAAGAGUUACAGAAAUACCAGGGACAAAUGGCAGACAUAAAAGUCAAGCUGGACAGAGUUGUCAAGGAGAAUGAAAGGCUACACACUGAGCUUAGAGAGUCAGUAGAGAGACAAUUACAUGCCAUCCCAAUGCCUUCAGCAACAGAGGGCAGUGCAGUGGAGGAGGACAUCAUCAUCAAAAAUCUCCAGGAGCAGAUACAGCUGUCUGAACAGGAGCGAGAGCAGGCCAUGGAGUUGUGGCAAACAACGUCUCAGGAGCUAAAUCGUCUUCAGCAGAUCUACCAGAAGUCUGUGUCUGACACACAGAUGCACGAUGCCCAGAAGAAGCAACUCACAGAUCAGCUUGUUCAGUUACAGCAACAAGCACAAAAGCUCCUUGUGGACAAUCAGAAGCUAGAAAUGACCAACCAGCAGUUUCUGAAGACAUUAACUGAGCAGACAACUGAGAUGGAGGAGCUACAAAGUUACAACAGGCAGUCUAAGGCUGAACUGCGGACAGCCACAGCCAAAGUAAAUGAGAUGACCAAAUUAUUGCAAAAUCUCGAGGAACAGAUGCAGAGACGGGAAGAAGAUGUAGCCGAGGCUCAGGGUCGAGAGAAUGCAGCUGACAGAAGACUGCAGCAGCUUCAGUCUGCCUUGGGCCAUCUACAGUCCAGAUUAAAUGCUGCAACACAGGAAGCAGAAAGUGUUCGUAGAGAGCAAAGUGUUUAUGAGAAGAAGGUUGGGGAGCUCCAGACCCGUUGCACCACUUUAGAGGAAGAGAAAUAUGCAGCUCUUACCAAGGUCCGAGAAAGCAUUCAGGCAGCAGAGGAGGGUGCGCUGCAAAAAGAGCAGGCCCUGUUAAGAGAAAAACAAAAAACAGAGGAACUGGAAAAGACAAAGGAGACUAUAAAGCAGUUGAUCCAAGAUGCCGCAGUCCGUACGAGAAAAGAGGUUGAGAAUGUUCGGAAACAGUGCAGUUUUCAAAUUCUCAGGAUGACAGAGGAGCUGUCUGCAUUACAGCUAGAAUGUGCAGAUAAACAAUCACAAAUUGAAAGGUCCCUUCGAGAGAGAAAAGCUGUAGAGGAAGAACUGGAGAAGGUGUACAAAGAGGGACGGGCGGAGCCAGAGUUAAAAAAGAUAGAGGCUCUUCACCACAGGUGUCUGGAGGCUGAGAGAAGGAGAGAAGACAUUAAUCUCACUCUGCAAAGCACUCAGAGCAAACUGAAGAAGAUGGAAAUGGACUACAGCGAAGAACUGUCCCGGUGCCAAGAGGAAGUACGGCGUCUGCAGAACUCUUUGACUACAGCCAGGGAGGAGUGUGUGAGCAUCAGUGAGGAGCGCCUUAAGCUGCAACAGGAAAACACUCAGCUCCGCAAAGACAUGGAUGAUUUGAGAAAAUCAAACUUGAUUGAUCAAAAGAAAGCCAAGCAACGGAUGUCAAAGUUGGAACAGGAGUAUUGCUUGAAAGAGCGAGAACUGGAUGCUCAGAUUCGUGAGUUGGAAGAAACGGGCAAAAGAAAUAGUGCUGAUCUAACCCGCCUUCUCACAGCACAGCAAAAAACUACUCAGCGCUGGAAAGAAGAGGCCAAAAAGCUGAUCCAGGACUUUGAGACUAAAAUAAUGAGCCACAAGUCAGAGCUGAAUCGUCAGAAGCAACGUUCACAUGAGCUUGAAUUGCAGCUUGAGACUGAUUGUGCCACUAUUGCGGAGUAUGAACGACAGCUAGCAGAGUAUCAGGAGAAGUCCAGCCGUCUUCAGCUACGCCUCACACAAGCUGAACAAAAAGCAACCGCAGCUACACAUCAGUUGAAUAUGAUUGCAUCACAACAGAGGAAAAGACACAUGUGCGACACAGAGAUGAUAUGAGGACAACUGACAACACCACCUCGAAUAGCUUUUUAAAAAAUGUUAAUACUAAAUAUAAUUGAAUUUUUCCACUGUUACUUUGAGGAGGUGAUGCCUCGUUCUAAUGUCUAAUGUUUACAGAAUACAUUUUUGUAAUGGAAUUGUGAAUUGAAUUAUUCAUGAAUUAAA